AUGGGUUGCGAUCUUGUGGCGCUGACCUUGUGCGGCCUCGCGAAGCAUUGUCAUUUGGUCGGUUGGAGUGAGAUAGACGAAGGAAAGAGGAAACUGCACAACUUGGUGCGCCAGUACCUGCAGUUCCCGGGAGACGAGGCAGAAGGCCCGGUAGACGUCAGCAGCAGAGAUCAUGAAAGGGCGAAAGCCUGCGACAUAUAUGUCGCAGGCUUUCCGUGUCCUAGCUUCAGUUCACUGGGGAAAGGCGCCGGAGACAGGGAAUUUCGAGGACAGCUGACAUACCACGGGCUGCUGUACGUUUGCUACCAUCAGCCCCGAAUAGUUAUACUAGAGAAUGUGCAGGGGCUCCUUCACAAACGUCACGCUGGCCUCACCAACUGCAUCAAAGAGACUCUGGCAAGUUUGGGAUACAAGGUCUACUGCAAGACAUUGAACACGAUGCACUACGGAAUACCACAAAGUCGACCACGAGUGUUUAUCGUUGCAGUCCAGGAGAAGUACAAGAAGCACAAAUUCCGCUGGCCAGCCCCAAUCGAGCACUCGAAGAAAGCUCUCGGGUUUUUCUUGGACACCCAGACGGUUGGUGACGACAACACCGUUGAUUUGUCCAAGUUCACCAGCAAGUUCGGCGAGGACGUCUACAGGAAAAGUUGCGUGCUGGACGUGGGCUGCAGCGACAGGUGGGCAAAUUUCAAAGCCGGCGUGGCUCCUUGCCUCACCAGGUCGAGGCUGAACAAGGACCCCCUGGAUUUUUACAUUCCACGUUUGAGACGGCGUUUGAACCUGGGUGAAGCAGCAAGACUGCAAGGUCUGCCCCGUGCUCUCGCCAAAACCCUGGUGAGAGGAACCUCGAAGAAGAUCUUUGGAAGUGCUGUGGGGGAUGGAAUGUCUAUCAACGUCCUCUGCAAGGUUCUCCUGGCCGCUUUGCAUUGCGUCGGAUACAUUGAGAGCGCGACACAGCUUGACCCCUGGCAGGAAACAGCUACGGGUUCGAGCCUGGCUGACGAAGAGAUCCAGAAGAAGCUGACGGAAUUUGAGGCUUCCAGCGAGUUCCAGGAAAUCCCAGAGGGCGAGAAGACCAAGAAAAGAGAAGAUUUGGAAAGGGACGCCAAGAUGGCCAGAGCCAAAGCAGCGACCGAGAAGAAGCAACAGGCGCAUGGCCAAGGUGGUCUUACCUCUUCCGCCCCAAGUGCUCAGCUCCCCAAGAAAAAAGCAGCCCCACCUCCCGCACCACUGGACGUGAACAACGCAGACUACUACAAGAAUGUCCAAGAAGACCUGCAAAAAAUCCUGAAGGUUAUGGGGUCUGAUUUCGGAAGGAAGGUCGCAGUGCAGAUCGCAGCCAAAGACAAAGAUGGCGACGGCGGAGUCCAGGAGCCAUACAACAAGGAGAUGUGUGAGCGUGCGAUGGGCAACCAGGGCCAGUAUGUUGCGGCAGGCAAUUUGCUGUGGGUGGACGUGCUAAGAAGUCCUUCACCAGGGGUUCCACUCAGCUUCCGCACCGUCCAGGAAUUGGCCGACUUCCGGUGGCCUGCGGAUAAAGAACCCAGUUUCGCACGCGUGCUACUGCAAGUCGUUGGGCCAGUCCCGGGUCAUGUCCCGGAUGUCCCCCAGGCGUUGCAGACGCUGACUCCCGAGGGCUACGUGCAUUCGAUGCUGCAUGCAUGCGCCAGGCAGCUGCCAGAGCACAAGGAUCGGUGGUCCCUCACCCUGCGAUCCGUGCCCUUGUGCUUUGUGCAGGAGCCCGAUGAUGAGUGGAUCGCAAGCUGGAACAAUCGCAAUGCCAUCGCUCAGGAUUUUGAGUCCUUAGGAAGAACAGCAUUUCAGAUGGCCCAAGAGAUGAAGCUGCUGAAAAAGCGUUUGGAGACGGAAGCGAACAGAGCAUUGUCAAACGCAGAUUUUCAAAAGCAAAUCAAGGAUUCGGGGCUGAAGAAAGCAAGCAGCCAGGAUGAGCUGUCGACGAAUCUCAUCUCCACCGCACUUGCAGUGGCUGAGAAACUGACAGGCGAGGAAGUGCUGACAACAAUCAGAGAUUUGGAAGACAGGUAUGGCCGAGGCAGUUGCCUGAAUUCUAUGCUGAAGCUGCACGCAUUGGCAACAAAGACAACUCCAGGCAAAAGGGGUUUUAUCUUCCAAGCUCUACGGGACAUGAUUUUCCGCAACAUGGUUGAGAAUGAUGAUGUCAGCAAGACUUUCCUGGUGGGGGACGGGCACAAUACAUGCGGUUUCAUUGCCCUGACAGAACUGAAGCUGGAGUGUUUGGCCCACUUCAAGGCGGUGGUCUUACCCCGAGCCCAAAUCCGUGAACAGGACCGCGUCGUCAUUGCAGAAGCACUGCUGGACCAUGCGACAUAUAACGAAAGAAUGCUGGGUGAUGACGUGGCUUGGCAGGGCAUGCUGCUGGAGUCGAGCAUGCAAGCCCUCAGAUUUUUAGAGGAUCUGGUCUACAGCAAGAAGUACGACAAUCACCUGAAGCAGCUGGCUCGAGGAAAGAAAAGCAUGGAGGAGGUCAUGGAAAACGAGGUCCUGAAAGAGAAGUGGGGCCAAGUCGAGCAGCUGAGAACAAACGAGCUUGCAGAGGAGAAGGUCAAGCUGCGGCGCGAAACCGAGCCCGAGGAAACGCCGGAAGACCCAGACGCCGGCACGGCCCUGGCACAAAUGCGGAAGCCAGCAAGCAGUUUCACGGAGGAGACCGAAGCCUACUGGUUGGCGGUGGCGAAUGAGAUGGUGAGACGUUUUGUCAGUUUCAUGGUUUUACCUGAGACACAAAAUCAAAUGAUGCAGCUUGUAGCACAGUCCGUGCUCAAAGAUGUGGAGGUGGUGGCAGGCUCUACGUGCUGCUGCUUGUGGAUGGACAUGGACCUCCUGGGUGAGUCGUGCGGUGGUCCACUUGCACAGCGCGGCUUGCGUCGUUCGAAGCCCUUCGAGGUAAGCACGUGGAAGUCGCUUCUUCAUGGAGCUCUCCUCGCACGCGGAGCGCAGCAGAAAAGCGAUGACGGUGAAGCGCCAGUGCCGUGCGACACAGACUUGGUGCUCAUCCACUCUGGUGGACGGCAGGACAUUCUGGCAUCCGCACGGCAGAUGUUCCGUUUGGAGAAGAGCAAGCAAGUCGUGAACACGGAUGCUUGGGAGAAGAAAGUCGGAGUUGUCUUCAAUGAAGAAGGCAUCAGGCAACGCAAGAAGCGCGUCAAAACCAGCGACGGCUACAGCCAGCAAACGGAUGUGUUUGCGUACACACAGAAGGGGUGUGUGCCAGAAACCUUUCCUGAACGACGCAGGAAGCACUACAGCGGGUAUAACACGGGCGACGUCAUCGGUUGGGUUGACUGCGUGGGACCAGACGACCUGUGGGUGACCAGCAGGCAAGAAAAGGAAGAAAUUCUCGGACAGAAGGGGAUCCUCAAGUUGACCGACAAGGAGAAGAUUAGCCUUCUGCAAGACACGAAAGUGGGCGAGGAGGCGAGCUCGGUGGAGUCUGUCUUCCCGUCCGCAAAGUUGCCGAUCAAAUUCCAUCUGGAGACACUCUGGUCUUACUGUGCGUCUUGCGCAAUAGAUUUCACACCCGGGCAGGGUGAUUUCCUACGAGCCUGUGUGGAGUCGAGAACGCCCGUCCUAUGCUUUGGUCUGACAGAGAAGCACAACAAGUGUCUGGAAGAGCAACUGACAAAAUGGGUUGUGAAGUGCAUGGCGACAGAGGGAAGUAAUCUGCACCGCAAAAAUGCUAAGGAAGUCCUUGACAAUCUGAAGAAGCGCCCGCUCCAUGUUGGCGGUGACAAUGGCGGGACCGAGGGCGAGCCCACAGAGAAGAAGCCCAAAAACGGAGAGCCGAAGAACAAACCGAAGCCAAAAGCCUCCAAUAAGAAAGACCAGUCCUCUGACAGUGUCGAGUCCGCCAAGAAGACUAAGAAAAAGGACAAGUCUAAGAAGAGCAAGAAACCUACCAAAAAGAAGAAAGAGGAGAGCUCCUCGUCUUCCAGUACGGAGCCAUGGUCGCAAAUCCAUGAGGCCUGGGCUCAGCACCUGGUCUUACCGGAUUGUUCGUUCUCGUGCAUUUUGCUGCAGCCGCUCCAAACUCUGGUCUUACCGGCAAGAGCGUUUUUGGCUGACGCGGAUCCUGGCAUUCCCUUGAGGGCUUGCGUUUUGCGUGGUCUUACCCGCAAGACCAGUUUUGGCUCAGAGAUGUGCUUGUGGAAAUCCGUGAUUGCUGCAGGCAGAGCAGACCGCGAUCGGUUACCCUUUUCGUAUAACCCAGGCCCUUGCAAGGCACGAAACCUAAGAUAG